ACAACGAGACUUAUCGGUCGUUUCAGUCUCGACUUGGGUUCGGAUAUUCUUCACACCCAACGAUCCAUUGGGAAUAUUGUGUAAUUAAUGCUUGCAUCGCGGAUUACUAUCAAUUCAAAUAAGUGUUAAACACUAAAUCGCAGUCGGUUCUGCUUGAUUUCGCUGUCAAAGGGCGCCGGAGUUCAAAAUCCAGGGAAAACACAUAACCGACAACACUCUGACGCCAUGAUAGAGCGGGAAAUUAUCCACACGACCCCAGCUUCAAAGCGCAUGUUUGUUGUGCUCCAAGAUGUCCUACAAUUCUUGGUGCUCUUUGUGCGCAUCCUUCUGGAGUUGUUUGUCACCACGGUGCAGGCUUUUCUGCCCAAACAGCAAAAGGAUGUCAGCGGGGAAAUAAUCCUGAUAACCGGAACUGGACACGGAAUCGGUCGGGAAUUGGCUCUUCACUACGCUUCUUUGGGCAGCACUGUGGUUUGUGUGGACAUCGAUGAGAAAAACAACCUGCAGACAGUCGAGAAGGCUAAGCGCCUCAAUCUAGGCGAAGUGCACAGCUACAGCUGCGAUGUUUCCAAGCGCGAUGAGGUUAUGGCACUGGCGGAUCGGGUUAAGGCCGAAAUUGGACACGUUUCGGUGCUGGUGAAUAAUGUCGGAAUAAUGCCCACCCACCCGAUCCUGCAGCAAUCGGACGAGGAAAUCAAGCGGGUGUUCGACGUUAAUGUGUUCUCGCAGUUCUGGACCAUCCAGGCCUUUCUGUCCCACAUGCAGGAGAAGAAUCGCGGCCACAUUAUCUGCCUAUCAUCGAUUGCGGGGCUGGUGGGGAUCUCCAACUUAGUUCCCUAUUGCGCGACGAAAUUUGCAGUUCGUGGCCUAAUGGAGUCACUGCAUGCAGAGUUGCGAGAGGGACCUUACAGGGAUCUGAUAAGGACCACCACCAUCUUCCCCUACAUGACCAACACAGGCCUGUGCAAGCAUCCGAAAGUGAAGUUCCCCUCGAUCCUGGGCCUGCUCGAUCCCAAGCAUGUGGCCAGACGGAUCGUAGAGGCCCACCGCUCCGACCUCAUGGAGGUCACCAUUCCGAGCUGCCUGCUGCACAUCAACAACUGGACGCGACUCCUGCCGGAUCAUUGUGGCCUGAUGCUAAAGGACUUUAUUGACAGUGGCGUGGAGUCGGAUUUAAUUUAGGUUACCGUCGAUAGCAUAGAUCAUAGAUCGAGGAGUUACAAUAUGUUGCAGUACAAUAAACUUACUUUUGGAGUAUGAUUUUAAA